AUGUCAGGACGUGGACCGGCUAUCGAGUUCCGCGAGGAGCAUGCUAAUUUCUGGACCCUCAUGGAGCAGAUUAUCCAUGGUCUUCGGAACAACUACCCAGCAAACCAAGACGAGAUCAUUGGCCGUAUGGGCCAGCUUAAUCUCCAGCUCUCGGCCUUUCGACGAGCCGGAGAGAUGAUGGGUUCUAUUUAUCCACCCAGUGACAUUGUCCGUGAUGCUCCUCCCCAGUACUUUACUGUCCGUGCUCAACGCCAUCAGAAUUACUUCGGCACAGAGUUCGGGUACUCCUGCUGGUAUACCCAAGCCCAACUGGGCUACGCUAUUGUGGAUCUUCUGCAGCAGAGGGAUCACACCCGCGUAGCCGACCAUCUGGGACAGUUGCUAGCGAGUUGGCAAUUGACCGAGAUGAGAGUCUUCCCCCGUCAGCUCCCUACACGCAAUCCUGUCGCGCCGCCGGCCACUAUCAUGCAUAUUGAUGGCCCGCCAUACUAUACACCAGGCGGCUCUGAACCACAUGUCAAGACAGCCAGAACGGUUGGGCCAGUUCGCACACAUCCACAUGUCCGUGUUAAUUUGCCCGCCCCAACCAAUACUAUUUACGGUGUGGCACAGCAAACACGCCAUCGCGCUGCCCCAUACUCUGAACGCGGUCGCCCGAGACGUCGUGGAAAUGCUAGAUCCGCCCUUCCACUACCUAAUAUUAUGCAAAAUGGCGAUGCUUCCCUUAUGCCAGUACCGGUACUUCCCGGUGUUCCGUCCCUUUUCACUCCACAGGCCCUCCCUGGUGGAGGUGCUCUUCCCGGUGCACCGACUACCUCUGUGCCACCACGACCUGCUAUGCAGUUACCGUCUAAUAUACCUGCCCCUGACACUGAUGUAUCUAUAUCUAUCUUGAAUGCCAAUGUCGGGGAAACUUUGUUUAGGGAUCAAUCCCGUCAGGACCCUAGCGCUGGCCAUUAA